AUAGAGCUUCGCAGAAUCCAGUCUUCUUUCGAUAACGCCAGAGACAAAUUGACAACAGAUAUAAGUUGGAGUGUGUUUUUGUUUUGUUAGAUUAUUUCAGUAAGCACAACACACAGUCAACAUGAAGCUGGUUAUAGCGUUCGGAGUUAUUCUUCUGGUCUGUGGGAUCAGUAGCAUCGAGGCCGGACCAUCGGAGAAGUCGACGACGGCGAAGCCUGCGGUGACUGCGUCGAAGGACGUCAAAGAGGCGAUACAGAAAGCCAAGGAGGCAAAGAAGGCGAAGAAGGAGUGCAUGAAGAUGUGUCCUACGAGUUACGAUCCCAUUUGCGCCCACGAUCCCAACAAUGCUACGUUCAAGCCAAGAACCUUUGGGAACCAAUGCGUGCUCGACACACACAACUGCGAAAUGGGAACAAAAUUAGCUGUAAAAAGUAAAGGUGAAUGCCCUGGAUCCGAUGGAGUCAGAUUAUAAUCGUUUUGAUCGACCAAUUCACCAUUCCAAUUCUGUAUUGCAUUGGACCUCAAUUUUUUAACGAAUGCAUAUACUUUUUGAUGCAAUAUUUUUCAGCUUAUGUGCAA